AUGAGUCUUGCUCUCAAUUAUGUACACAAUAAAAACAUUAUCCAUAGAGAUAUUAAAGCUUAAAAUGUUUUUUUAUCUGCAAAUAACAUUGUUAAAUUAGCAGAUUUUGGUAUUGCUCGCAUACUUUCAUGCACAAAAGAUAAGGCACAAACAUUCAUUGGAACUCCAUACUAUCUAGCACCUGAACUUGUAAAUAGCGAUCCUUACACAACGAAAGCUGAUAUCUGGAGUUUAGGAGUUUUAAUAUACCAUCUAUGUGCUUUAAAACCUCCCUUCGAGGCAGAUAACAUUCCAAGCUUAAUGAUUAAAAUUUCAAGAGGUUAAUUCCCCCCAAUACCUUAAAUAUACUCAAAAGAGCUUAGAUAUCUUGUUAAUGAAAUGCUUACUGUUGAUCACAAUUAAAGACCCUCAGCCUUGUAAAUAUUAGAAAAACCUUUAAUUAAGGGCAGAGCUAUGAGUUUAAUGUCAGAAACAAUAGCCAUGUAAGUAUAGCAAGACACUUAAUGUGAAAAUGAUGAAAAUUUAGGAAACAAACAAUAAGCAUAAAAGAAAGUGCAAGCUAUUCCCUCCAUAGAUAAUGAUAGAAGAUACGGAUUUAAGGACAACUAGAAAAACAAUAAUAUGAAUAUUCCUUAAACAAGAUUUUAUUCUCCAUAACAUAAUAUGGAGUAGAGAAACCUAGGUUUCAAUAAUAAUCCUAAAGAUAAUGUACAAGAUAAGCUAUCUUAUAAUGAUCUUCCAGUAAUUAAUGGAGAUGACGUAUAGAAUAGACCCAAAUCGAAGGCAGAGGCUUUAAAAUAUUUUAAGGCUUAGGAUGAAUAUUUUAAAUAGAAUAUUAAUUAAUAAGCAAAUUAAGAAAAUAAACGUUAAUUAAAUAGAGUUGAAUCAUUAAAUGAGUUUUCAAAUAAUAAUAACUUAGUAAAUAAUUAGAAUAGCAAUAAUAUUAAUAAGAAAAUCGGGUAUGUAAAAUAACCAUCUUUCUAACCUGUAAUACAGUAAGAAAAUAAUGUAAAUGGUUCAUAACAUGGAAUGGGUUUUCAAAACUACCCAAAAAAGUCAUUUAGAGUACACUCUCCUGUUCAUCAUAAAAUGCCUUCCCCUAACAAUAGAUUCAACGAAAACAAAAGUAAUUAAAAUUAUAGUUAAGCUGCUGGCCCUAUCAGCUCUUAUAAUAACUUUAGUAAUGCAAAUGAAAAUUAUAAUUAAAAUACAGAAUAAUAACAACAAUUUAAUAGCAAGUAAAGUGAAUAGCUAUAGUAACUUUAGAAUAAUUAGCAAAAAGUUCCUAUUAGCAACAACUUUUUACUUGCCAAUAAUAAUUAAAAUAAUUUGAAUAUGAACUAAAAUAACAAUAUUUCUAAUCUGGAUAGAAAUAGUAAUCUACAUGAUUUCAAGUUUUAGAAUAAUAAUAUUAAUAACAAUAAUGCUUAGCCUCAGUAUAAUAGGAUAGGAAGUCCUGGUACUCGUCUUCCUCAUUUGAAUUACCAGCCUCCUCAAGCAAAAGUCAAGCAUGGAUCUAAUUUUAGCGUAAUGGAUAAUCUUCCUUAGACUCCUUAAGCUAAUAUCAAUCGUAGGAACUUGGAAAAGAUUUAAAAACCCUCAAUAUUAAGCAACAAAAACGAAGUUGGAUCACCAAAAUUCAGUCAGCGUCCCCCAAGCGCUUUUGUUGGAUUGGGAAAUUAUAACAAUCUUUAAAAGAAAUAAGCUGCUUAAAUUGGAUAGGAAUGUCAUUCACCCUACGGCAAUAUAAAUAAAUUAAAUCUGUAAGGCAACAAAAACUAAUAACAAUAAUUCUAAGACGCUCUAAAUAACCAAGAACAAUAACAAUAACAAUAAUAAAUUUAAAAUAUUUAAAUGAUACGUGAGUAGCUUCAAUCUGCAAACCCAACUAGUAAUUCAAAUAGAUUAAAACUUCUUCAGCCUCCAAACCUAUUGAACUUAAAUUAAUAAAUAGCUUAACAAUAAAAUUUAAUACAAAAUUAACAAUAACAGCAAUAAUCCACUAAAGAAACUUAAAAAAGUGAAGAUAGUUCAGAGUCUUCUUAAGAUGAUUAACCUUAAAGUUCUUAAAACCAACUUGGUAAGAGCAAUUAGUACAACAACUCUUCAUAGCAGUAGUAAAAUAAAAAGUUUGUUAUCAAAAAAGGAGGACUUUAAGGAUUACUACCCGGAAAUCAUAUUUAAAAUUAAUAGCCCUAAGGAAAUCAUCAUGCAUAACCUAUUUCUAGUGCUAAUAGAGUAAGUUCCUAACCAACAGAAGAACAUAUCAUUUAAGUUGGUUCUUAGAUUGUUAAUUUUAACACUCAACCUACUUUACUCAACUCAUAAAAUAUUCAAUUGCUUUGUGUUGACUCUGAUACAUCUUAAAGAGAUACACCAAAAUCUGAAAAUGUUUCUUAAGCUACUAUUAAUUCAAGCAUCGUUAACACUUAGUUGCUAAAGAAAUCUGAUUACAGCUAAAUAUCAGCUACCUAAGCCUCUUAAUAUGAAGCAACAUAAUCAAUUAAGUCAAAUGCCGCUGCCCAAUCAGCAUUUGAAGAUUUAAAAACAGCAAAGAAAAAUAUCAACUCUAUAAAAUAAGUUUGCAGCUCAGAUAAUAUUGAUAAUACAGAUUCACAAUUCAAAGCAUCUUCCUCAACUUCUAGUUAGAAUUCUUAGCCUAAUAAAGUCGGACAAUUUAAAAACUAAGUAUAAAAUGCCUACAAAUAAGAUUUUUCUGAGGCAAAAGGAAAGCGUAAAGAUAGUUAAAGUGACGAAGACAUAAGAAUUUUCGAUAGUGUAGAUAGCCAAAAGAGUGUUAAAUCUCCUACAAAUAUUAUUCCAGCUCCUCAGUCUCAUUUCAGCUAGAAUGGUAGCAAUAACUAAUUAAGCUCAAACUUAUAAACAAAAAACAAGCUAACAGCAUCUGAGGAUAUUGACUAUUAAAAAAGAUAAGCUAACAAUCUACCUGUAACUGCUAGUAUACUAAAUGCAGAUAAUGACAAAGAAACAAAAGUAGAAAGAAAACUCAUUGUAAAAUUGCCUCUCCCAUUCCAAGAAAAUUAGUUAAAACUUAAAGAAAAAGAGAGGAAAAAAAAUAAAAACAACGAAAUUUCACCUGAUAUUAAAGCUGGAAAUGAAGAACAAGAGACUGACUUAGAAAAAAUGCUUAAUGAAUUGAACUAAAUGUUAACUGGAAAUUUUGAUGAGCAAAUUCAAAAUCUCUACAAUAAUGGAUUUGAACUAGACACAAUCGAAGACAAGGAUGAUUAUCUCGAUGAAGAGGAAUAUACUAGCAAUAGUAAUAAUUACAACUUUGGUUCUAGUCCUUAAAAUAACAUUGGCAACAAUCAAAAUAAUAAGCAAUAGUUGAAUUUCAAUUCAAAUAUCCCUAGCAACAUAAGUUGUAUAGCACCAGCUUAUAAUAAGAGUUCUUAAAACAAAAUGCAUAGCAGCGGAAAUCAUAAUAGUAACAGUAAUAAUAUUGGCUCUAAUUCAAACCUAAAUGGAAAUUCUUCAUCAAAUAAUUAAAAUAACAUUUAUAAUAAUCAAUCAGCGGUAUCUAAAGCUAUUGCCACAAGCAACACUAACCAAUCAGAUUUAUUUUCUAACUCUGAAGAUCGUGUGAAGUUACUGAGAUAAUCUCUUGAAAAAGAAAUUGGAACCAUGCAUUUCUCAAAAGUAUACAAAAUGGCCUUAUCCUGUUUAAAUAAUGUUCAACAGCCUCUAGAAAGUAGCGAAUUUUUCUAAAAUUUGAAAAUCAUGUUCCCAAGCUGUAACAAUUAAGAAAUCCAAAGAUAUACUACUCUUUUCCAUACACUUGUUAUGCUUGAGUAGGAUUGA